ACCAAAUGGACUGUCUUUUCCUUCCUUGAGAAACCCCUAGAAGGCUAAAACUAUGGUUUCACUCCUGAAGAAACCCUUUUUCUCUUCUCUUCAAACACUCACUCUCCAGCGCCUAACUAGAACACUCAGCUAUGUUUCUGGGGAGAGAAGAAGCUCUGAAGAAGUUUCAUCUGAAACCAACUCUAGUUUUAUACACCCAACUGCUAUUAUUCAUCCUAAGGCUGUUAUUGAUCAGGAUGUUACUAUUGGUCCAUUCUGUACAGUUGGUUCAAUGGUGAGGAUUGGUAAAGCUUGUAAAUUAUAUCCUGGGAGUCAUAUUUUUGGAGAUACGGAGAUAGGGGAACGGUGCACUUUAAUGACUGGUGCUAUUGUUGGAGAAGAUAUUCCAGGGCGUACAACCAUUGGAUGCAAUAACAUUAUCGGGCAUCAUGCAGUGGUUGGAGUGAAGUGCCAAGAUAUGAAAUACAAGCCAGGGAGCGAUUGUUUCCUCGAUGUUGGCGACAACAACGAGAUCAGAGAGUAUACAUCAAUUCACCGAUCUUCAAAACCAAGUGACAGAACGGUUAUUGGUGACAACAAUCUUAUUAUGGGAUGUUGUCAUAUUGCGCAUGACUGCAAACUUGGUAACAACAUUAUACUUGCAAACAAUACUCUCUUAGCUGGGCAUGUUGUGGUCGGAGACUAUGCUCACUCUGCAGGCGGUGCUGUUGUCCAUCAAUUCUGUCAUCUGGGUUCACAUUCUUUCAUCGGUGGUGGUUCUGUGGUUUCACAAGAUGUUCCAAAGUACAUGAUGGUUACUGGUGAUAGAGCCAACCUUCGGGGAUUAAAUUUGGAGGGUCUGCGGCGCCGUGGAUUCUCCAGUGAAGAGGUUACAGGCAUGAGGAGGGCGUAUCAAAAAAUGUUCAUGCCAGUAGAUGGAAAGUUAGGGGGUAUUGAAGAUCGUCUCGCUGAAGUGGAGAAAACUAGAGAAUUAGCUAUGUUGGAUGUUGUGCGCUCUAUGGUUGAAUCUAUUCGGGACUCUUUUGAGCAAGACCGUCGUGGAAUUUGCAAGUUCAAGCAUUGGAGUGGCUCUUAUAGCUCUAGUUAAGGUAUAGGACUUUCAAGAGAGUGCCAAGAGGUUGAAAAGUACUCUGCCCCGGAACAAGCUCACAACCAUGAAUGAUAUGGAAGUUGGUUUGCAGUUUUCUAAAUUAUUCAAUUAUCCAAUUUUCUACCCGGGUGUUAGAUCCAGUUUAGUUCAGAUCAAUGGGUGUAUCUCUAUUCUGGUUUUUGUUCUAGUAAUUUAGUAUAUGAAGAAUAUGGCUUUGUUAAUGGAUAUUAAGUUCAGGACGCGGAAUUGAAGCAUGGGUAAGCUUGAGUAAAAAAGACUUGUCUGAGUUGAACGUCAUGAGGAACUUCUAGCAUCUAUCUCUUAGUAGUUGGGUUGACAAUUAUAAAAUGAUAGUAUUUCUAAAUCCUCUCUGUUUUCUCAACUUAUAUGUUUUAUAUCUUUUUGUAUAAAUAAAGGUUAUUCGUCGUCUGGUUCA